GAAGGCAGAAAAUCCUUCUUCUGGACUCCUCUGCAGCUAGAGAUGAGCCUGGAGGCAGCAGAGGAGAAGAGAGCCUGAGGUUCACCUGGUGGAAAAGGACACCCCCAAGAGCUCGAGCCAGAUCCGCUGCUGUGAUCCCGAGAUGACUGUGGAGGAUCUCCGGGCUUCCAGCACCCCUUUCUCGCUCUCCUUUUCGGGCAGUGGCUUCCUGGCCCUGUACCAGGUUGGGGUGGUGCAGUCCCUGCUGGAGUUGGCUCCCGAGCUCCUCAAGUCUGCCUGCAAGGUCUACGGCUCCUCGGCCGGGUCGCUCAUCGCUGCCGCUGUCGUGUGCGGCGUCGGCCUCGAUGACCUAAAGGAGUUUUUCUUUGCACUGGCAACAGAAGUCAGGAAAACCAUCCUGGGCCCCCUGUCUCCCAAGUGCAGCUUGCUGGCCAAUCUGAAGACGGUCCUGCAGCGGAUGCUGCCCGAGGAUUCCUACCUGCUGGCCUCGGGGCGGCUGCACAUCUCACUGACACGCGUGGUGGACGGCCAGAACGUCAUGGCCUCGGAGUUCAGCUCCAAGGAGGAGCUCAUUCAGGCUCUCCUCUGCAGCUGCUUUCUUCCAAUUUACUGUGGAUUCAUCCCUCCAUCCUACAGAGGAGUGCGCUACGUGGACGGAGGGUUCACGGGCCUGCAGCCCGUGUCCAGCCUGGAGGAGCCCGUGAUCACCGUGUCCCCGUUCACCGGCGAGCUGGACAUCUGCCCCCGCGACUGCCCCGCCAUCUUCUUCUGCUUCCAGAUCUUCAAUGGCAGCAUCCAGAUCUCCAUAGAGAACCUCUGCAGGAUCAGCUACGCUCUCUUUCCACCCAGCACCAUGGUCUUGAACGACAUUUUCUCCCAGGGGUACCAGGACACUGCCCUUUUCCUGUACAGGAACAAUGCCUUUGGCUUUAACUACUUCGAUGGCAAUUUCCGCUUCGGCAGCACCUGUGGGAAGAAUGACUCUGGAAAAUCCAAUGGGACACACCCCGGCCUGUACAAAAGGGUCCCUCAGUGCCUGACCCCUUACUUCCUGCCAGGCUUGUGGAAGAAGGAGCAGGUGAAUGGACUGCAGGACCCACUGGCAAAGGUCCUGCUGCAGCCCUACAGGCUCCCAGCCUUGUUCAGGAAGGGGGUGAAGAAGGUGUGGGGGCUGCUGGAAGGUGUCAGGUCCCUGGUACAACGACUCCACAGGCUCCUCCAAACCUUGGUGCCUGGUUUGCCUAAGACAGCCGUGGACAGGAGGAGGUAACAGGGAUGGUCCCAGCGGUGCCCUGGGGGUCUGAAGCGCUGCCUCGGAAUGUGGUGGGCAACACCAGCACACACCAGCAUGGCUGCUGGCUCUCGAGGGAAUUUUUGGGGAGUAUUUUUUUCUUCAGAACCUG